CUCAAUUAGUUUUCGAAGCCUCUUCCCUACCUCUUCUUCGUAUGAGCUGUGUUUUCGUGCCACCAUUAGCAUCCUCUCUCUCGAUCGAUCGAUCGAAGACGGCUCGAUGGGUUCGGGCACCUCGCGAACCGGCCGUCCAAAGCGGUCCUUCGUCUCAUCCCUCUUCAUCUGUGGUUGCUCCACAUCUCACGCCCCGACAGAGGUACACCAUCAAUGAUCACAAUCUUAACAUAUAAUCGCAAAAUUGAUGUACCCAUUUCGUAUUUUCAUUCCUUUUUACGCCCGCUAAGCUUUUCGUGUUAUUCGAGAGAAGAGAUUGAUCAAUUGAUGGAUAAUGGGUCGGUUUCAUUUCUGGUAAAUUGAGCUUGUUGAUCUUUAUUUCUUUGGUACAUGUAUGCAUAUGCUAGACGCCCCGGUCAAAUGGUGUUAUGCGAAAGAUUGAAAGAGGGAAAGAUUAAUCUGAAAUCGACGUGGAAGUAGAAAAAAGAAGAGAAGAAAUCUGGUGGCAGUUUUUUUGGAUAUGUAUCUAUGUGUGUAAUGUUUGUGGUGUGUGCUUGUUUUGGAUUUGAGGGUUUAGGAAUUAGGAUGGAAUAAUUAAAUUGGUAAGGUUUCGGAGAAAUUGAAAAGGAAAAUGCUUUGUACCGUUGUUAAAGGUGCACAAAAGUGUUGAAAAAUAUGUAAGUUUGUCAUAUUGUGAAAAUAUAUUGAAAAGUGUGAAGUACCUAUUGGAAUUUAAAUGUUUGGAUCCACUACAAUAUGCAAUCCUUUUGAUGCAUGUAGUAUGCAUAUAUGCGCCCUUGGUAAAUUCGUAAUGAUUUUUAGUGGGCGAUAUCUUAGCACUAAGCAUGAGUCAUGACCCAAGGAAAUCGUUCAGCUGGCCGUUUGGCAUUGGGUGGAUAUUUUGGUUGGCCUUAACUCUUAAGUGGCAGAGUAAUGCUGGAAAAAAAUGACCAAAUAAUGCUGGGAAAAAAAACGUGAAAAGGGUAGAUAACCGAUUGAUACAGGGAAUCAAUUUGGUUAUGAUUUGGCAAGUGUGGUGAUGUUUAAUCUUUUAAUCAACUUCCGGAAUGUGGAGGUGAGUCGGUGUAAAUUUUGAUAAUUUUAUCUGAGCGUUUUAACAUUUCAGUAUCAAUGUUGGUUAUGAAUGGUGGUCGAUUCUGCUGGAGGAUCGACCCUAGAUCCAUUUUUAUUUAGAAUUACACGGGGAUGUGAAUUGAUCUCGUAAGGGUCCAUCAGAAAAGAAGAUUGUCUGAAUAAUUAGAUGAUUAUUAUAGCUAAUGGAGGUCUUGAAGUGAAAGUAGUAUGGCAUUUUGUGUGGGUAGAGAACAGAUAAUCCAUGCUUUAUUCAAGCGAAUUCAUCCGCUGGCCAAGCAAUUUGCUUUGCAAAAUAUCGGCUGCCAAUUGACUCCAAAACUAUCUUGUCAUCUCUUAUUUGAGGUCAUAUGCUCUACGGGGGGUCAAGAAGUGGGACUUUUUGUAGCUGAAAUUCAGAUGGAGAUGCACUUUUUGAUGGAAAUGGUGGAAGAUGAGCCAUCUGAAUUACCGGUGAAUUCUAUGAAACACGGCGUGCCAAAAGUCGACAAGUUGUGUAGUCCAGCAAAGGAGUCUUCUUUGGCCUCUGAAACUGAAACUGGAGCCUCAUCUGAAACUGUAGCCACUGAGGAAUCUUCUUCUGCGGAUUGUUUAGUCAAUUUUGAGAUAAAUAACCCAGGGAAGCGCCUGCUUAGAAGUAAGGAAUUAGUUCCUCCUUACCGACCAAGUGCUGAUCACAGGAUCAGUGAUAUAGCUAGUACUUCCUAUGAGGAUCAGCCAUCUUCAGAUGCAGUUUCUGCAAAUGUAGGGACCAAUGUGGAUCUUGUUAAUGAUGUUGAUAUUAAGGAAAAGGAUGAGUCCCCAGUUUUUGCAGAGGUUAGAAGUCCAAGCAGUUUAUCUCCUCAAGCAGAUGAGGUGACUGUUAUUUCGGGUUCUGUUGUUUCUGAUUCACCAAUAUCUUCUGGGUUACUAAGAGAUGAUGCUCUUCAAGAGACCGUACCUUCAGAUCCAGGGUUCCUUGCAUCAGAUGGGGAACAAAAUGGAAGUGGGGGAAGUGUACUUCAUGUUGAUGCAGUGAGUAUCUCUUCCAGCAUUUUGUCUAGUAGUAGCUCCUCUGAAAUAACAAGUAACCGUGAAGCAAGAAGAAAUAGUAGGAGGCUGUUUUGGGAUGCUUUUUCACGACGAAGUUCUAGGAGGGAUAAUACCGAUGCCCAAAGAUUUGUUUUCUCAACAGAUGAUAAUGAUGCUCUAGGAUCCCAUGACAGGUGGCUUCUUGAUUUCGGCAGUGACUUGCUUCAUGAUGGGGUUGGAAGUGAUUCUGGGUACAUAGGAAGUAGAAGUAGGAAUCAGGGCGGGAAUGAAUGGCGUCGGCAUUCAAGAUCUGAGGUUUGGGGAAGACUUCAUGAUAGACGCGAGAGGGUUAAUCCUCACACUGGUAUUUGUCCAUCAGGGCUUCACUCCGAUGGCACAUGCUCAUGUGGAGCAAUCUUGAUGGUUGAAUCUAGCACUCGUGCAAGUAUUUCAAGAAUAGUGAUGUUAGCAGAAGCACUAUUCGAGGUAUUGGAUGAAAUUCACCGCCAACCAGUGUCACUUUCCUUGUCUGUGGUGUCAGUCCCGGCUCCUGAUGCUGUCGUGGACUCUUUCCCUGUUAAAAGUCAUGGAAAGCAUAACACUACUGAGAUUGCAGAUGAUGAUGCACAGUGCCACAUUUGCCUCUGUGCGUAUGAAGAAUGUGAUAAAAUACGAGUUCUUCCAUGCCACCACGAGUUUCACAUGUCAUGCGUUGAUAAAUGGCUGAAAGAGAUACAUGGGGUGUGCCCGCUCUGCCGAGGAGACGUUCGUGAGGGAUUCACAGAGGGGCCUGGACCGUCUGGUUCCAACUCGGAAUCAACUUCUGCAUAAGUAAAACUUCUAGGGCACUUGUAAAUAAGAAGGUUUUGCUCUUGCACUUCUUCUUUAGUGCCUUAAAAAAUACCUGUAUAUUAAUAUUUCAUUACAUGUUUUCUCCCUCCAUACCCAUACCCUUUUCUUUUCCUUUUUUUUUCACAUUCACUGUUGUAUAUAUCCAUAGAAACUAGAUUUGCUGUCUUAACAAUAGCCAAUGCAGCAAUACUUAAUACUAAACUGAUAAUUUCUAAUGUCUAUUGUACUGGAUUAAUCAAAGUUCAUGAGAUCCAAACGUAGGAAGACAUCACACAUUCGUAUGAA